GCUAAUAGGACACUCAUUUUGGUUGCUGAUUCCCUAAUUUGCAUAUUAGUUCCAUGCUUUGCUUUGUUGUGUUCUGUGAAGGAACCUUCACCAUUAUUAUCGUGUUGAUGUCACCUAGUUCUACAUUCCGUACACUGUGAAUUUGAGGUGCUUUUGUAGAUUCUCCAUCACUUGGUGUCUGAAAGCUCAGCUAUCCAGUCCCUCUGAAAAGACAGUUGUUCACUUGUUCACUGCGUUCAGCAAAAUUGUUUAUUCAAACCUGUUCAAAACUCAAACAUGGAAGCCCACAUCAUUUUUCAACAAGUCCAAAAGAUGAGACCAUCCUGCUUCUCUGUAGAAGAGCAAUGUUGCUACAAAGCAGAGAAAAUGAUGCUGAGGCAGUUUAUGCUCUUGAAGCAGCGGGGGCAAGUUCCACGUUAUUUAUCUGUCAGAGACAUGAAGACCUGGCUGUUGAGAGGAAGAAGCUUCCUGGAGGAGUUUCUGGAAACAAAUGAGAGUACUGGGGAAAGGGACCUGUUCAUGGCUGAAUUGGCCUGGACAACAGCGAGGCACUUCUGUCUCGCUCAGAUGGAAGAAGAGCUCCUGGAGGAACUGAACAAAGAAAAGCAGCUUUCACAGCUGUUGAGCAGGGAGGUCACACUGGAGGGCCUUGAGAUGUUUGUCUCAGUCGUCCACCCAGCAGCAGAGGAGGAUGUAAAAACCUUCCUUCCAUCUAUGCACGCCAAACUGCUAAGAAUUUUCGGAGGCAUUCAGAUCAACAGCGGUCCACUCUCUGAAGGGGACACAAAACCAGCAGAGCUCUUGGAGCUUGAACAGAGUGCUGCGUCCCUGGUGCCAGAGGUGGUGGACAUUGCUCUCAAGUUCCUCCUGGAGGAACCAGAGCUAAAAGACAAAUGUAAACUUGCCAGUGCUGAGAUUGGCAAACUUCUGACUAACUCAGCAGCUCCUUGCCUUUCUCAGUUUGGAUCUGUGUCAAGAACUGUUGUGCUUAGCAUCUGCACUAGAGCUGCCCGAUCCAUUGUGAAAGCCAUCUUUGAGAGGUUCGACCAGCGCUCCAAGUCCUUCCACCAGAUGGACUAUGAUGAGAGUGAUUUCUCUGCCAGAUACGGUGCCAUCUUUGCUAUCCAGGAAAUGGUCAAAGAAAAGUACCUUCGGCUCUUCGCCUCAGAGGAGCAGGAAGGGGCACUUCUUGAGAAGAGAGAGGUUUCUCCACAAGUGCAUGAAAAUAUGGCCACUGCUCCAAACGAUGUGACCGAGGACACAGUCUUGGUCAAAUCGGGUACCAGUGUGGCUGUGUUAGUGACUGAUGAGCCGGAAGAACUGCAGCAGGAAGAUGUGAAGGAAUCGCACACAGAAGAAACCCUGGUUCAAGACACUGCCAUCCAGAACAUGGACCACGGAGUGCGAACAGAUACAUCCACCCACAGUCACGCUGGCCUCUGGAGUUCAGAGAGACUGGAUGACCAACUACUGGAGAAGAAGGAAACCUCCCAAGGAGUCCCUGGGGAUGAAGAGUUGGCCAUUAUGCAAUAUCAUUUGACUGAGGUAUCAUCGUCAGUCAAUCUGCAGGCCAAUGUGGCUGUCAACAUGAUCGAGGAGAUUCAAGGACUGCAGCGGGAAGAAGAAAAACAGAAAACCCUUGUCCAGCACUGUGAUAUGAAGAGAAAGAAGGGAGUGCGUGCCUUCUUCCGUGGUGUGUGGAAGAUGAUGACAUGCUGCUUUAGUGUAUCCACAAUGGACUAAAGCAUUGUGCAUGCACCUUGCUCCCUUCACCCUGUUCCCCUCAUCCCUGCUCCCCUCAUCCCUGCUUCCCUCAUCCCUGCUUCCCUCAUCCCUGCUUCCAUCAUCCCUGCUCCCCUCAUCCCUGCUUCCAUCAUCCCUGCUUCCCUCAUCCCUGCUUCCCUCAUCCCUGCUCCCCUCAUCCCUUCACCUCCUUCUCCCUUCUGGAUGCAGCUCAAGUUCAUCAAAUUGGUUACCAGAGCCAAUAUCUCCACUUGUUCAGUGGACCCCAUGCCUACUAUCAUGGUCAAGGCAUGCCUCUCUAACCUCUGUCCCAUCACGGUGGACAUCAUAAACACUUCUCUGGUAUCUGGCUCGGUACCCUCCUGCUUCAAAACAGCUGCCAUUACUCCUAUUCUCAAAAAGCCCAGUUUGGACCCGGAUGACCUCAACAACUACCGUCCGAUCUCCAACCUUCCCUUCAUGGUCUCAGUUUCCACUGUUAUGCUGAUGACACAGCUGUAUAUCAGCACCAAACCAUCCACUCAGCUUCCCCCUCUGUCACUUGUUAAAUGUCUGAAAUAAAAACCUGGAUGUCAUCCAAUCUACUCAAGCUGAAGAGCAGCAAAACGGAGCUAAUGGUAGUGGCUCCCAAGACGCUGCUCCUGAGGGUAGGUGAUCUACUCCUCAAAGUGGAUGGUUGCUCCAUCUCUCCAUCCCAAGAAGUCCGCAACCUUGGUGUCAUCUUGGACUCCACCCUUUCCUUCCAGUCACAUGUCAAAAUUAUUACCAAAUCUGCUUUCUACCACCUCAAAAACAUCUCCAGACUUUGAUCAUCACUCUCAGACUCUGUGGCAGAGUCUCUCAUCCAUGCUUUCAUCACCUCCCGCCUGGACUACUGUAACGGUGUCCUGUAUGGGGUACCCAGCAAGGUCCUGGACAGGCUACAAUAUGUCCAGAACUCGGCUGCCAGGGUUCUCACCCACACACACACACUAGGUCGUGGCAGCACAUCACCCCAAUCCUCACUCAGCUUCACUGGCUGCCGAUCAAAUUCCGCAUCACCUACAAAAUCCUACUCCUCACCUAUAAAUCUCUCCAUGCCACUGCCCCCCAGUACCUACUGGGCCUUCUCCACUCCUACUCCCCCUCACGGAACCUGCGGUCCCCCGACAAGGGCCUGCUCUCUGUCCCCCACACCAGACUGCGGACUUUUCGGGAUAGAGGCUUCAGUGUCGCAGCCCCCACCCUCUGGAAGUCCAUACCCACAGAGAUCCGAAAUGCUCCCUCUCUGGACACCUUCAAAAAACUCCUAAAAACCCAGCUGUUCACAAAUUCAACCCUGAAUGACCUUUUAUUGCUCUGUCUCUGCAAUUAUGUGUAAAGCGUCCGGGUCUUGUGAAAGGCGCUAUAUAAAUACAAG